AUGCCCCGUGAUAUCUGGCAGUCGCCGUGGGAGCCAGAACUGCCGAGGGACACUGUCGGUGGCCAGCAAUACAGCGAGCUGAGUGGCUUCGCUGAAGCUGUCUAUGCUGCAGCCAGCCGCCACCCUGAGGCCCACGGGACUAGCAUGGAUGCGAUGGUCGAUGCCCUCCGGGAGUAUCUCAUUGAUGCUGCCCAUCUCGGCGAUUACACAGCCCUACUGUCGCCUGAUCGCGUGUUCCGAAGGCUGUCGCCAGCUGGAGCAGUAGUGUCAUUCGGUGCAGGUGUCGAGCGUGAGGUUUUGUGGACAGCACUCCAGAAAUACCAGGGAGAUCCCAGGUUCUGUCGGCCUGGCCUAGAUGGGACCUGGACGAUCGCUAACAGUCCCAUCACUCACUUUGCUGCUGAAGAAAACAGGCUCGCCCGCAAGAAGGAGCUCACGAUCUUCGGGGCCCUGACUGCCAUCAGGAAAACCCUAUUUCCGUAA